GCAGCACUCAGCAGCAUCUCUCCAGACUCACGGAGCUUUAGUGCGACCACACCGACGACGCGCAACAGACGCGGCUCCCUCUUCCUCCUCGCACCGCGCGCAGGAACAACUUGGACUCGCAUCAUUACGCAUGGCUGUGACUUUGCGCAAGAGCGCGACCGAAACAGCGACUGGGAAGAAACGGAUGGGAUUCAAAGAGACAUAAAGGGUUGCAGCGGCAAGCUUGUGGUUUUAUUCCCCCCCCCCUCACGCUGUGCCAAAUAAUGAGCUCCACAUGUAUAACAGGAUACCGUCUUCUUGCCGUGUAAUUAUACAGCUGUAGUUAAAGAUCCGCCGCGUUACCCCGACUGCACAUUUCACACAGAGAUGGAUCUUUGGGGAGUUUAUCUGUCUCAUCUCAUAACUUUGGCGCUGUUGGAGGUGAUGCUGGCCAGCAGAGACUGCAUGAUGGCUGGAGAUUUGUGCUCGAGUGACGAGACGUGCAGCCCACGCCUGCGGACGCUGCGUCAGUGUGUGGCAGGAAAUGGCAACAUGAAGUUGGGUCCCAGUGCCAAGAGCCAGUGUGCCAACGCAGUGUCUGCCCUUAUGUCGAGCCCUUUACAUGGCUGCCAGUGUAAACGAGGCAUGAAGAAGGAGAAAAACUGCCUCAGCAUCUACUGGAGUCUGCAUCAGGCUUUCAUACACGGACUAAACCUGGUGGAGCCUUAUCCCUACGAGACCGUGCAGAGGGAUUAUGACUAUGUCCGCUUGGCCUCUAUUACAGCUGACUUAGAUAUUGGCAUGACAACUGUGAAUCGCUGCUUAGACGCAGCCAAGGCUUGCAACGUGGACGACUUGUGCCAGAAGCUCCGCACAGAAUAUGUCUCGGCGUGCAUCAAACCCACUGCCAAGUCGGGCCUGUGCAACCGGCCGAAAUGCAACAAGGCUCUGCGCAGGUUCUUCGACCGAGUGCCCGCGGAUUACACACACGAGCUGCUCUUCUGCCCCUGUACGGACACGGCGUGUGCAGAGCGUCGGAGGCAGACCAUCGUACCCAGCUGCUCUUACGAAAGCCUGGAUAAACCCAACUGCAUCACGCAGAUGAGAAUCUGCAAAGCUGACUACGUGUGCAGAUCUCGUCUGGCACAGUUUCAGUACGACUGCGAAGCCUCAGAAACGUCCGCCAGUGGCUGCAAACAAGGAAAUUAUGCAGCCUGUCUUCUCGCCUACACGGGGCUCAUAGGAAGUACGAUAACGCCCAACUAUGUGGACAACUCCACGUCCAGCGUGGCUCCGUGGUGCUCCUGCUCAGCCAGUGGCAGCCAGAGGCAGGACUGCGAUCAUUUCCUGGGAACCUUCACCAACAACGUCUGUCUCCGGAAUGCACUCACGACGUUUGGAAGUGAAUCAGACCAGCAGCCGACUCUCAGUGUACCCAGUGUACCCAGCGCCGGCCACAGCAGCAGAGAGAACAGGAGUGCCACUUCUCCACCACAAACCAUAGAAACCGAGAGGAGCUUUCUGGACGAAAUCAUACCAACACAGGUCUUGGGAAAUGAACUGCUGGUGGGCCAAUCCACGCUGCCAUCCAACAGCCUUCCCAACUGUGCGUCUUCUCCCUGCCUAAUACUUCAAGCUGCUUUUAACCUUCUGCUGUUGCUUCAUCUGCUGAAUACUGGACCCUGAAGACCGCGGGCAAAAGCAGUACGCGGACCAAGCCAACGGAAGGACUAGUGCAUCUCGGAGGAAAAUGGACCACGUUGCUGUUAAUCCUCCCUCUAAAUAUGUACAGCAGUUCUUGUUUUUUUCUAUUUUUGUGUCUCAGUGGUGCCGUUCCUCCCGCCAUGGGGCUUCUCACUCAAGGUGAGUGAGGUUGAGGCCCGUGGUGUUUGUACAUUUGUACAUUGUUAUUGCGAUCGAGUGAAGCCAAAAUGAAGUCAAGACUACCAUCAUCGUGGACUAACCCAGCUCUCAGCGAUCAAACUGCAAACCAUUUCUCAAACGAGUUAGAUUGAAAACAUGAAGCAGACGUGUGUGAUAAAUACAUGACGUACUGUAUGUGCCGUACGUGGGGAGAUGCUUUUUCUCUUAUUUGAAAUAAUGACACAGAAAACGGUUGGAAACGGUGUAUAACGGCGAACGCCGAGUCUACCCUGAGCUCCGAAAAUGGCUGGAGAGCUGCUGGCGUGUAUGCUGCUUUAACAUCACUCACCUCAAGCAUCUGAGAGAGGAACAUUAUUUCUGAUCAAUACUGGAAUAGUGAGGUGAUGGAGAGACUAUAGAGCAACAUUUGGCUACGACAUCUCAAAAGUGAAAAGCCCAGCAGCAUUAUCCAGAGGGGAUUUGGAAAAAAAUAAUCAUCCUGUUGCCCUUUGUCAUUAUUUGUUAUUGCUGAUGCUACAGUGGCCGUUCAUCGAAAAGUCCACUCCAUGCAGAGACAAGUUCUUGUACUUAAAAAAGCCGCACCGCUUUAAUAUGUGUUUGUGAACGUAAUACCCUUUUAUUUCUCAUGUGAACCUUGCUAUAGGAGGCUUUUGCGUUUUUGUGCCAGGGAGGUAAGUGAACAGUUGUGUUGCCUCCACUGGUGCAGAGCCUGUUUGAGAUCAGACAGUUAUGAAUGAUUCAGCAUUUUCUGUUCGGGGGAACAUGCCACUGAAUUCUGAGCAGGACUAGAGGUGCUGCAAAUAAAAGUUCUCAGACCAUUACA